UUUUUCCCAGUUUCGGCAGUUUGUUUACAUCUUCGGAAAGGUCGAAGAAUUCUCCUGCAUGUGAAUUUAGUGAAUGUCAUGUAGAUGACACGACCAAAAUGCGUUCAAAAUUCAUGAAAUUAUUAUUUUUACUUUUGGGAUUCGUCCUUUCUUCUAUUAAUCCAGUGGCUGAUGCUAUACCACUUAGCAAUUCUGUACUUUAUAAAGAUUCAGAUCCUAUCGUCCAAAUGAAUAUUGCUGACUUUAAAUCAACUAUUGUAGCUACCAGUAAUGCCUGGCUAGUUGAAUUUUAUAGUAGCUGGUGUGGGCAUUGCAUUGAUUUUGCUCCUGCCUAUAUUCAGCUUGCCAAUGAUGUAAAAGGUUGGGAAAAGGUAAUUAAAGUGGGAGCAGUGGAUUGUGCUAAGGAGGAAAAUAUUCCUUUGUGUAGAGAUUUUGAAAUAAUGGGCUAUCCAACCCUAAAGUUUUUCCCUGCAUUUACUGAUGCCAGUCAUUUAGGCAUAGCAAGGACAGGUGGUAAAAAGGUAGAUGCCAUUCGUUUUUUGUGCAGCAGUUUUCUCGUCAACUGCUGCACCUAA